AAAAGUCUUGUGAAAACUUCAGAGCUGAAUCUUUCCUCUACAAACCCUUAACAGAAUGUCAUUUUGUUCACUAGAACCUUAUUUCUUUGCAUCCUGACUACUGGGAAGUUGAAUGUUACCCACAUUAGGGACUUCACACAGCUGCAGACAAGAGGUUAAAUGACAUUGAAAUUACCCCGUAUAAAUAAUAUUCCUCAGCUACCUCUGUUGUGUGUGCAGGUGUAGACAAGCAUAUGACUGUGUGUGUGGGUUGAAGCGAUGGAUCUGCUAGCAAACAGUGCACACUUCAGCCUUUUUCAGCUGUACCACUCUCUGUCACAUAGUGGGCUUGGGGUCUUGAAUGUGGAUAGGAGCUUGAGUUGGCAGUAGGACUGAAGCCUUAGUUGUUGUAUUUUUAAAUGGAGAAGUUUAGAGUAAAGAUAGGGAUUGGUGUGGUUGCGUCACCAGGGUGGCUUCAGUGAGAGUCAGUCUGUUUCAACUGAUGCACACUCACUUUCUGCUUUUGAUAUGCCUUCUCUCAUUUCUUACAGAGAAACAUUCAGUCUUUGAACAUCUAAAUUCUUACCUCAGGAGGUACCUGUUUUGAAUCGGUGAGGAAUGGAAAUUGAAGGCAGCCGUGUGCUUCUUCUGGUGUCAGACAGGAGCUACUCAGGAGGUUUGGGCACACACUCAGUUGCAUCAUGGAAGCUUGCAUUUUGAAAGCUAUUGCUCGCCUGUCAGUUCUGUUGUGUUUGUUGCAAAACUUUAGUCAGUUUCUGAUGUGUAGCCCAAACUUGAAGACUUUGUAAUGGAAACUGUCCAUAUUUGUGAGGAUCUCUAUUUCAAAAAUGAAUGCAGGCUCGCAGCUUUCUCAACUGGUACACAGUAAAUCUGCUUCAGUGAAGCAGCAUCUGACAGGCUUGUUCCCUUCAAAUCUGUACUUAUGGUGGGUGGAUGGCAGGAGCUUUGGGAACCGCUCACUGUAAGUGAGAAAUCUCACAUUUCCAGAACUCUGGUAGUCUUCAUAGUCUGCAGAGUGCUGUGCUAGAUUAAUAGCCGUAAAAAGUUAAUUCUGGCAUGUGUGACAGAAGAUGUGCAUUUCCAGACUUUGUGAAGUGGAACUGCAGAAAAAUCAGAUCUGUAUUCUAGAAACUGCCGUUGAACAAAUACAUGAUAUUCACCAGUAGCCCCAUUCACAUGAUUUCAGUGCUUUGACUCUACGCAGUGGUCUAGCAAUAAAAGAAAGAAUUGGCCAAUUACAGUAAUCUGCUUGAGCUCUGUACUCUAGAAUUUUGUGCAGAGAAAGAGGGAGGGCUCUUACCUGCUCUCAGUUCUGUCUAAAAUUGCACUCUUAACACCAUCUAUUCUGCAGCAAAUAACACACAUAUUUAACAAAGCUGUUAACCACAGGGCCACCUCUAAGGUUGUAUUGCUCAGCUACCACCUCUCACACCCUCUCUGACUCCUUCUCCAUGUUACUGUCUGCCCCUCAUCACCAUGUUCCACACACCAGAAGGCACAGCGGCCUUUCUCUGCCCCCCUCUUUCUUCCCAGUUUGGAGAUUAAUAUUCCCAUUUAGGUAAGGGCACAUAACCUACAACAGGGCUUAGGGUCAGAAUUUCUGACUGCCUGAUUAUUUUUCAUACCAAGAAUGCGUGGUAGUUUUUUUUUCCCCUUUCUCCUGUGGCAGAUUAGAUCAGAGUGGUCCCAUGCAUAUGUUGUGACACAUGCCAGGAAAGCAUGUGCUUAUGUGUAAAUAGUGUAAGUGAGCAGGGGUGAGGUUUUGCUUUGCUUUGCACUUUGCAGCAACAGCAGGCAGUGCAUGUGGAGAAUGAGAUACUGCAGCCAGAUCUAGAUUUCAGACCAGAUGGACGUUAUUCAUAAUAAUAUUUGGGUGUUAAUGGUUUUUAUUGGAGUGUGAAGUAAAUUGUUGUUGUUCUUGUUCUUCAAGCUAAAGAGAAUCACUUGGCACUAUUAGUGCUGUCACUAUUUAUAUAAACACAGGCUCAAAAAUUAAAAAUGAAUGCAGUCAGUCUUGGGCAUGCUGUAAAUAAUUCCCAAAAGCUUCUGAUGACGUAAUAAGUACAGGUGGGCAGGUACUGCACAAGUAGUGUGAACAGCCCAAUAUCAGCAUUUUGUAGUGCUGCAGCUAAGGGACAUGAACAGCCUUCAGAGAAAUUCAUUUAGAACUCCUUUCCUUGUGGUUGAAGUGCUGUUAAGUGUUAUGUGAGAUAUCAGCUCUUCUCUGAAUCUUCUGUUUAGGCAGAGAGGAAAAUGCGGAAACUUGUGUCACAUAAGUCUGCUUCCUUUCUUAAUAUAUACAGAAUAAACAUUGUAUACAAACGUUUAGAAAAAAUGUUGCCUCUUUAUUCAACUCCUGCAAUUAAAUAUUGUUGUAUUGGUGCUUUGGCUUAAUGUGUAUUUCAUACAAUGUUGACAGGUUAAUUUUGGCUGUUAUUUUUAUAUGCACUUCUAAUGCAUGUAAAUGCACGUGAAACGUGCUCUGUGCUAACUUGAAGAUGGAGCAACAAUAGUGUAAGUUCGUAUUUCUUUCUACCAGUUUAAAUUGUGCUUUAAGAUGAGCUUGAAAGUUCCUACUUAGUGUGGAAUGUGCAAUACAUCGAUGUGGUUCCUGUUGAUGAAGGUUCAAUAUAGGAACAGGAUGCCAGCCAUGCUCACAGCUGCGUACAGCACAGUGUGUGCUCUCUUGGGCAGAUGCCGAAGAGGUUUAUUAAAGCAUGCAAGUUGUUUCUUCAUAUUGGGAGUGAAAGAUUUCUUCUUAAUCCUCAUAUGGCUGCUGUCGCUGCUGGAGUGUUAAUAGAUAGUCUAAUUUGUGAGCUAAAUUACUAAUUGUAUUAUGAGUCUAAACCUUAUUAAGCCUUUUGUGUAGAAUUAGAUCACAAAGCUUUGGGAAACUGAAUCCUGGUUGGGUUCAUUCUCCCCUCUUCAAAGACAUAGGGAAGUGUUCCUGGCUGCAGCUGAGCUCUGUCACUGCCUGCUCCAUCAUUGAUGGGGUCAGAAGUUGGAAGCAGGGAGGCUCUGAGAAUAGACCCUAAGUCUCGGUUACAUGAAAGCAACACAAUUCUGUAGACGAAUACAAACUCUAUAAUGUAAGUGGAGUGAGUUACAAAAGUUAGUUCCAAAAAAGUUCACAGCCCACCCAGAGAUGGGCAGUCACUCAGCUGUGCUGUUGAGUGAUGAGCGCUUUCUCAGCUGUUGUGCUGCAAGCUCAGCUGGGUCACCUGAGGUGGCUCUUGCUCUUUGCUCUGUCUUUGCGUGGAGUCAGCCUGCUAAUGCAGCCCAGCUGGAGACGGGGCCCAUUGCCUCCAGCGAUGGAUCAGUAAUAAAUAAACAAAGUGGGGCUUAAUGGAUUUUGACAUCCCUUUCAAUAAAUUUUUAUGUUGGUCUGUAAGCUUGUGAACUCUUGUGCCUUUGAUGUAGGAAUGUUGCACCCAUGGCAAUUCAUGUUCUUUAUGAGAAAAUGUUCACAUUUACUCAAUAUAUUUUCCUGUAUAUACAUGAGAUAUGUUCCCAGUGGUAUUAAGUUUUUCUCUGUGGUUCUGCACUCUAAACUGCUGUGAGGAACUCUUCUUCUUUUACAUCUGAAGUUACCGGAGACUUAAAUGUUCCUACCUUUAUUCCUUACUGCUGUAAGCUAAUGGCAUUUGAGAAGUAUAGACAAUAAAUGAAAGUAACAGGAUAUAUAUUUUGUCACAUCAUCUUUGUAUUUUAAAGAGACUUUUCCAGGAACUGUAUCACUAAAUGUGACACAAAUAGAAUAUGUUAAUACAAAGCUUAGUGUCUGUUCUGAAAGAAGGACCUUUCAGAAUGUUAUCCACGCUGCGUUAUCACAUCUCUGUGAACAGAGCAGCCCAAAGCCCUGCUUAGAAGUAACCGCCUCCAGGUGUGGUUGUUGGGUAGGGGUCUGUACAGCUCCCACACUGAUUAUUGUGCUUAUUGAGGUACUUUGGGAGAUUAGUGUUGUUUUUUAGUUUUUUUUUUUUUAAGGGAUUUUUUUUUGUAUGUUUUACCUUUCUUGCAUUCUCUUACUCAAGCGCAGUAUACCUUGAGACCAAAGUAGCUGCUGUUUCUCAUUGGCUUAGGUGUGCGUUGGCAUAAUUGCCCAUUUGCUGUCUGUCCUGAUUUAACCUGAAACAGCAUUAAUAGCAUGCUAAUAAUGUUGCUGGGUGAUGGAAGAACACCUGGGGCCGGGCUGAGCCUCUGGGUGGGAUGGGGCCAGCACAUGGGCCUGAAUUAGGCUGGGGGUCAUACUGUACCACCUGACACCAUGCAGAAGGGUAUAAAGCUUUGGGCAGUUGAAUGGGCCUGCUUGCUGCUUGGGGGCUGCUGUGCAUCAGUCUGUGGGGUAAGCUUUGUAUUGCUGGCAGGGUGUUGCAUUGUGCUGUGCAUCGAUAAGUGGAUGUUGUACUUUCGAUGAGCCAUUUAGCACCUGUGGCUAUAGUCAGUCUGAUGAUGAUGAUCUUAACUGGGACCAGGUGAACACGCUGACAAAACCCACCUCAGAUCAAUGGAUGCCUUCUGGUUCUUUCAUGUUGGUGAAUACAUCUGGGAGAUACGCAGGACAGAAGGCUCACCUCCUGAUGCCCCAUCUAAAAGAAAAUGAUACGCAUUGUAUUGAUUUCCACUAUUAUGUUUCGAGCAAGAGUGGAUCUAGCCCUGGCACUUUGAAUGUGUAUGUGAAAGUUAACGAUGGACCUAUCGGUAACCCAGUCUGGAACACAUCUACUACUGGAACUUGGAACAGAGCAGAACUGGCAAUUAGCACUUUCUGGCCCAAUUUUUAUCAGGUUGUUUUUGAAGUGGUAACUUCAGGUCACCCUGGAUAUGUGGCCAUUGAUGAAGUGAAAGUUUUAGGACAUCCAUGUACAAAAACUCCCCAUUUCUUGCGGCUUCAGAGUGUGGAAGUCAAUGCAGGACAAUUUGCUACUUUUCAGUGCACUGCCAAUGGUAAAUUCAGUACAAGUGACAGACUUUGGUUACAGGGUAUUUACGUGAGGGAUGCACCUUUGAAGAAUAUAAAAGUGUUCAAUGUUCGACGAUUUGUAGCUCUUUUUAAUGUGGUAAAUGCCACGAAGCGGGAUGCUGGCAAGUAUCGCUGCAUGAUUCGAACAGAAGGAGGGGUUGGAGUAUCGAACUAUGCAGAACUAAUAGUGAAAGAGCCACCAGUUCCUAUUGCUCCACCUCAGCUGUCCUCAGUUGGUGCAACUUACUUGUGGAUACAGUUGAAUGCCAAUUCCAUCAAUGGAGACGGACCCAUUAUUCAAAGGGAAGUUGAGUAUCGAACUUCAAGUGGAAGCUGGUAUGACAUACAACCUGUGGACUCCACAAGCUAUAAGAUUGGACACCUGGAUCCUGACACAGAAUAUGAGAUCAGUGUGUUACUUACAAGACCGGGCGAAGGAGGAACUGGAUCUCCUGGGCCAGCUCUCAAAACAAGAACGAAAUGUGCUGAUCCAAUGCGUGGGCCACGGAAACUAGAGGUUGUGGAGAUCAAGUCUAGGCAAAUCACUAUUUGCUGGGAGCCAUUUGGAUAUAACGUCACACGUUGCCAUCGGUACAACCUCACAGUCCAUUACCGUUACCAGGCUGGAGGACAAGAGCAAGUGAGAGAAGAAGUAAGCUGGGAUACAGAAAGUUCACAUCCACAGCACACCAUUACUAAUCUAUCACCAUAUACAAAUGUCAGCAUCAAAUUAGUACUAAUGAAUCCUGAAGGACGAAAAGAAAGCCAAGAACUUGUCGUACAAACUGAUGAAGAUGUUCCAAGUGCUGUACCACUUGAAUCCAUUCAAGGGAGUACCUUUGAAGAGAAGAUUUUUCUUCAGUGGAGAGAGCCAGUGCAAACAUAUGGUGUGAUUACUUUGUAUGAGAUCACCUACAAAGCAGUAAGUUCCUUUGACCCAGAAAUAGAUUUAUCCAAUCAAAGCGGACGAGUCUCAAAGCUAGGAAAUGAAACGCACUAUCUCUUUUUUGGACUGUAUCCUGGCACUACCUACUCUUUUACCAUCAGGGCCAGCACAGCUAAAGGCUUUGGACCUCCGAUCACAAAUCAGUUCACCACUAAAAUAUCAGCACCCUCUAUGCCACCAUAUGAACUCGAGACACCUUUGAAUCAAACUGACAGCACUGUGACAGUCCUACUGAAACCUGCACAGAGCAGAGGCGCUCCUGUCAGUGUCUACCAAAUAGUUGUUGAAGAGGAACGCCCUCGAAGAACGAAAAAGGCAACUGAGAUCCUGAAGUGCUACCCAGUGCCCAUUCAUUUCCAGAAUGCCUCACUUUUGAAUUCCCGGUACUACAUUGCUGCAGAGAUUCCAGCCAAUGGAUUGCAAGCUGCUCAGCCUUUUACUAUUGGUGAUAACAAAACCUACAGUGGCUUCUGGAAUACUCCUCUUCUUCCUCAUAAGAGCUACAGCAUCUAUUUUCAAGCUGCUAGCAGAGCCAAUGGGGAAACCAAAAUUGACUGCGUCAGGGUAGCCACAAAAGGGGCUGCUACUCGAAAACCAGACCCAGAGCCUGAGAAGCAGACUGACCAUACUGUUAAAAUUGCUGGAGUCAUCGCAGGCAUCUUGCUGUUUGUCAUUAUAUUUCUGGGGGUUGUGCUGGUAAUGAAGAAAAGAAAAUUGGCUAAAAAGCGAAAAGAGACAUUGAGCAGUACACGGCAGGAAAUGACAGUGAUGGUGAAUUCAAUGGAUAAAAGCUACACUGAGCAAGGCACCAACUGUGAUGAAGCUUUCUCUUUCAUGGACACACACAAUCUAAAUGGGAGAUCUGUAUCUUCACCAUCUUCAUUUACAAUGAAAACUAAUACUCUGAGCACAACAGUGCCUAACUCUUAUUACCCAGAUCCAUUUGUGCCAACUGCAAUUUUAGAUGAAACCCAUACGAUGGUCAGUGACACAAGCAGCCUGGUUCAAUCCCAUACCUACAAGAAACGGGAUCCAGCAGAUGUGCCCUACCAGACCGGACAGCUUCAUCCAGCCAUCCGUGUAGCUGACUUACUGCAGCACAUCACCCAAAUGAAGUGUGCAGAAGGCUAUGGAUUUAAAGAAGAGUAUGAAAGUUUCUUUGAAGGACAGUCUGCACCGUGGGAUUCAGCUAAGAAAGAUGAGAACAGAAUGAAAAAUAGAUACGGGAAUAUCAUUGCAUAUGAUCAUUCUCGAGUGAGAUUGCAGCCCAUUGAAGGAGAAACAAACUCCGAUUACAUCAAUGGAAAUUAUAUUGAUGGUUAUCACAGGCCGAAUCACUACAUUGCUACACAAGGACCAAUGCAGGAGACAAUAUAUGACUUUUGGAGAAUGGUAUGGCAUGAGAACACAGCCAGCAUAAUCAUGGUUACUAAUCUCGUAGAAGUGGGAAGGGUUAAGUGCUGCAAAUACUGGCCGGAUGACACAGAGAUAUAUAAAGACAUUAAAGUUACCCUAAUAGAAACAGAGCUCCUCGCUGAAUAUGUGAUUCGAACAUUUGCAGUAGAAAAGAGAGGUGCUCAUGAGAUUCGAGAAAUUCGUCAGUUUCAUUUCACUGGUUGGCCAGACCACGGCGUGCCGUACCAUGCGACAGGCCUGCUGGGAUUUGUGCGGCAGGUCAAGUCCAAGAGCCCGCCAAACGCUGGACCUCUGGUGGUUCACUGCAGUGCUGGUGCCGGCAGAACUGGGUGCUUCAUCGUUAUUGACAUCAUGCUAGAUAUGGCAGAAAGAGAAGGUGUUGUAGACAUAUACAAUUGUGUGCGAGAGCUUCGAUCUCGGAGAGUUAACAUGGUGCAGACAGAGGAACAGUAUGUAUUUAUCCAUGAUGCUAUCCUGGAAGCUUGUCUUUGUGGAGACACAUCUAUUCCAGCUUCUCAAGUUAGGUCUGCUUACUAUGAAAUGAAUAAAUUGGAUCCUCAAACUAACUCCAGCCAGAUCAAAGAGGAAUUUAGGACAUUAAAUAUGGUGACUCCAACACUGCGUGUGGAAGACUGCAGUAUAGCACUUUUACCACGAAAUCAUGAAAAGAAUCGCUGUAUGGAUGUCCUGCCUCCAGACAGAUGCCUGCCUUUCCUCAUAACGAUAGAUGGGGAGAGCAGCAACUACAUUAAUGCUGCACUGAUGGAUAGCUACAAGCAACCAUCAGCCUUUAUAGUUACGCAGCAUCCCUUGCCAAAUACUGUCAAAGAUUUCUGGAGGCUGGUCCUAGAUUAUCACUGCACUUCGAUAGUUAUGCUGAAUGACGUGGAUCCAGCCCAAUUGUGUCCUCAGUACUGGCCAGAAAACGGAGUACACCGACAUGGUCCUAUUCAGGUGGAGUUUGUAUCAGCUGAUUUAGAAGAAGACAUCAUCAGCCGGAUAUUCCGAAUUUAUAAUGCAGCCAGACCCCAGGACGGCUAUCGGAUGGUGCAGCAGUUCCAGUUCCUGGGAUGGCCCAUGUACAGGGACACGCCGGUUUCCAAACGCUCAUUCUUGAAGCUCAUCCGCCAGGUGGAGAAGUGGCAGGAGGAGUACAAUGGGGGAGAGGGACGCACAGUUGUCCAUUGCUUGAAUGGAGGUGGCCGCAGUGGGACGUUUUGUGCAAUCAGUAUUGUUUGUGAAAUGCUUCAACAUCAGAGGGCUGUUGAUGUAUUCCAUGCUGUGAAGACACUGAGAAAUAAUAAGCCUAACAUGGUGGACCUUCUGGAUCAAUACAAAUUCUGCUAUGAAGUGGCUUUGGAAUACUUGAAUUCUGGCUGAUGGCAUAAACAGCGCAGGCACUGUUCCUCUCUCCACCACCACAAACAAAGCAAGCCGUUUCAUGAUAUCUGUGUCAAUGAGAUGAAGACUUCUCAGUGUUACGCUUCUACUGCUUUGUAUAACUGGCUCUUUUUAAGAGCCCAACGAGGUGUUCAUAAAACUGCUUGCACUGCCCAUUUUCCACUAUUAAUGCCGCUGCUUGGCACCCAUAUGAGCAUACACCAAACCACAUGGCAGUCGUUGAACACUGUAUUCAUAUGUAGCCAUCGAUGUGGUGAAGCAGCAUAGUCCUCUGGUAAAUAAGAGAGCACAAUUAUAUUCUUAUGAAGGAAUUUGUACUCUUCGUUAUAUUUUGUCGCCUGUGAUUCUCAGUUAUUGUCAUGGCCUAGUGUACAUUUUUGUUCUGUGGAGAAUGCUAUCUGGCAUUUUGAUAAUAUAUGAUUUUAGUUAUAUUUGCAUUCUAACACGUGCAUAAUAAAUGAAUCAUAUGUAGCUUAUUUGAACUAAUGGAAAGACGUACCAAAUCAUGUUAACUUUUUUGAGUUGUAAUUUCUAUCCACUUUGUACCAUUUCAGAGAGAGAAUCUUGGUAGAAAUGCAGUUAGACAAAUGCAAAAUACAGGAUGCUCAGAUUAAUAUAUCCAAAGCUUUUUCAUUUGUUUAUAUUGUAAAUAUUUUUUGAUUUCAUCAAAUUAUUUAUUCAUUAAAAUGAAUUUUUUUGUGAAGCACAGUGAGUGACAAUCAUUUUUAUUAAGCCCUGGAAAUGCUUACUGUAUGAUAAUGUAAACAUUUGUUUACCUUGUAUGGAUUCUCAGCUCAAUAAAUAAUUACAUACAUGAUAAAAUCUUGUUAUUUAAUACCUCUUGGCAUCUGAGUGCCUUCCAGUAAACCUCUUUUGACUUUAAUUCCUCUGAAUACUGAGCUACACCAAAGCAUGCUUUUUGUGUGAUCUAAUUUUGAUCCAGCCAAUAGCAAGAAAGAUGUGUCACACCACUAUAUAAAAAGAAGAGGUGAGUUGGAUGAAUUAAGAUACACACACACAAAUGGAAAACCUGAAAGUUCUGCUGCUCGGUGAAGAAGAGCUGAUGUUGGUUGGGCAUGCAGUACUCAGUCUUGUCACAGAGGCAUGUUAUGCCUCACCUUCAUGGAUGCAGUGCAGGAAGCACAGUAGCAAAGAGGACUGAACCAGCAAUGGCUUACUGCACUGUCCUUUGGGUUUCUAGAUCUUUCUCUCUUACCCAGCAGUACCAAGGAGACAUUGCAGGCGGAGCAACUGUUCGGUACUGAAGCCUUCCAGAGCUGUAUGGAAACCCAGAGCAAGGAGGUUGCAGACUGCUCAGUAUUUCAGCUCUUAAAAAGAUUAUUUUAACAUGUGAGCCAUCUGGGAUGGGGACAGUAUUGAUAUAAGUGUAUCAAAGUCAAAAUGUUUUGAGAGCCUUUAAAUCUAAGAGGUAUCCAACCUGGAUAGAAUGAUGCACAGCUUGUCAAGAGCCAGUUCCAAAUCACUGCAAAAUUCAGAUCUGAAGACAUGAGGAUUGGAUUCCUCUGCAGCUGGAAAGCAUCUAUUUUACAAGAAAAUUGCUUUAAAAUGUAGCUGACAGCUACGGGCCAUUGCUGUAAACUGGAGAGAAGUACUGAAGAACUUAGGAAAAACAACCCCAGCUCUGAGAAGAAUGGCUGUGCUUGGGUGAGCCCUGUAGCAGUACAGCCCAUUGCAGGAUAUGCUCUGAUUCACGUGGAAACCUCAACUAUUGUAUUCCUCCAAGCCCGCUUGACAGACCCAGUAUACCAGCCGAGCACACUUCUCUGUAAUGAUUAAUGAUUGCUGAACAAUUUAUUUUCACUAUCUAGUCAUUGAAAUACUCAUAUAUGUGUCUAAUAUUACCUGAUGGUUCCAAGAACUUUAAGACAGCUAAGCAUGCUGAAGAACUGCUGAGACUGAAAGUGACAUAGGCAACAGAAUCCCAAACUGGAGCAAGAUUUGUUGAAAUGCAGCAAGAAUGGCAAUCUCUCCCAAGGACAGAAACUGCAAGCGUUAUUUCAGAUGUUGCACUCUUCAAGACUUGCUUUGCCACAGGUAGGUUUUGGGGGAUGAGGGAUGAAAGGAGAUGACAAGAAGAGAGUUCUGCAAGGUUUUUAAUUUCUUUACUGAUGAUAUCACUGAUUUUUUUGUUCUUCUGGCACAGGCAUAGUCAAACCACUUUGAACUUCAAUGUCUUCAGAUGGGAGCCAGCUCAGGAAAGUAGUAAGUCACUUUGUGUCCUUGCUGUCCUACUACAGUUAUCGAUAUGAAUGAUAAAAACCCAGGCUUAGGUAAAGUAUUUUGACAAGAAGAAAAAAAAAGAAAAAAAAAGGAAGAAAAAAAAAAAA